AUGAAUCACUAUCUCAAGCCAAAUCUAGAACCUUCGCCCAACGAAGCGAUUUUACACAUUGGGACUAAUGAUCUUAAAACCAGGGAACCAAAGGCUGUUGCGGAAUCGAUUGUGGAUCUCGCGAGGCAGAUCGAGGGCACCUGCGAUACUAUAGUCACGCUGUCGGAGCUUGUAUGCAGAAAAGAUAAGCUUGACCAGGCAGUGAAAACAGCCAACAACAACCAGAGAGCCGAAAAAUCUAUCUCACUAUUUCCUCCUUUGCGCGGUUUUAAAAUGGCAUCACUCAAUAUUAAUCAAUUAACAACACAUAUAGACGAGCUAAGAAUCCUAUUCGCAGACAAUAUCGAUAUUGUUUCCAUAAAUGAAACGAAACUGAACGAGAGUAUUCGAGAUCAUGAAGUUCAUAUUUCGGGAUACGAAAUAAUUCGCCGCGAUAGACUUACAAAAUCCGGCGGAGGGGUAUGCUUCUAUGUAAAAACCUCAAUCAACUUUACUGUACGAAAUGACCUACAUAUGGAUGCAUUAGAAAAUCUUUGCUUGGAAAUCCAUAAGCCAAAUUCAAAACCUUUUGUGAUUGUUACUUGGUACAGACCACCUGACUCUCCUAUUGGCAUUUUUUCACCUUUUGAAUCCCUAAUUGGAAAAUUGGAUAGUGAAAAUGUAGAAUUUUUUGUACUGGGAGACAUGAACUGUGAUAUGAUCAAUACUCGAUAUGACAAUGAUGUAUCCAAAUUAAGGAGUAUUGCCGAUGUCUACGGACUCGAGCAGCUCAUCUCUGAACCGACAAGGAUAACACCCACCUCUUCAACUCUAAUUGAUUUAAUCUAUACCAACUGCUCAGAUAAGAUCGUUUGUUCGGGAGUAUGUCACAUCGGGAUAAGUGAUCAUAGCAUGGUGUAUGUAUAUAGAAAACUUGCCCAGAACGGAAUGUCUAAUGGACAUAAUUCUAUUACAUAUAGAAAUUUCCGAAAUUUCGAUCGUCAAAAUUUUCGUUAUCACAUCCUAUCUCAAUGUUGGGAUAAUGUAUGA